CAUCAAUAUCGUCAAGAAGAGCUGAAAAGGCUCUAGACUUGAUCAUUUUAAGACGUUUUAUGAAUCGUAUCUUUAUCUAAUAUUCGGGACUGACCGAAUAUCUGACAAUAACACGUUUUCCCUUUUGCCCUUGUUAUCAGAACGGGCGCAGUCUACACAUGUUUCACCAACUGCUUUCGCCCACAAGUUAGCUUGAUUGGCAGCGUCGUCUACGCUACUUUAGAUUCAGCGCUGAACGAUCUUGGUUUACUUCGUAGCUCCAAAUGAAAGACAUAAAUAGCAUAUUGAAGACACUCUGAGAAUACACACGCCUUUUUUCCCCCUCUUUACACCUUCAUCGUCAAUCAGACAGGUCCUCUACAACGGUUAACAGCCAUGGCACAAGUAAACGGCACCUGCGAUCCUGCGUUCUCAUCCGUCCGCGACAUUCUGCAGCAAAAUGUCUCCACCGACAAAGAGCUUGGCGCCUCCAUCUGCGUCAGUGUAAAAGGGAAAACAGUCGUGGAUAUCUGGGGUGGCCACGCAGAUACCGAGCGAUCAAAACCCUGGACGGAGAAUACCAUUGUAUCAGUGUGGUCGAUGACCAAGACAAUCAUGAACCUGGCCGUGUUGAUUCUGAUUGAUCGCGGCCAACUAGAUCCAGACGCUCCCGUUGUUAAAUACUGGCCCGAGUUCGGAGUCAACGGGAAAGAAGGAGUAUUGGUGCGACAUCUCAUGAGCCACACUGCCGGCCUGCCAUCCUUUGAUCCUCCCAUUGACGAGGCCACCAUGCUCGACGUGCCUCUAGCAACUGAGAACUUGGUCCAACAGAGGCCCUGGUGGACGCCUGGCACGGCCCAUGGGUACCACUCCAGCUCCCAGGGUCACCUCAUCGGCGAACUCGUCCGUCGCGUAACCGGAAAAUCGCUGGGCGAGUUCAUUCAUGAGGAGCUCGCUGUUCCUCGCAAUGCUGACUUUCACCUCCCUGUCGCGGAAGAACACUGGCCUCGCAUCGCGGACAUGGAUGUCUCCCCGCCCCUCGACCUUUCCGGAGUAGAUCCCAAUAGUGUCAUGUUUCGUGCUCUGACGGGUAGUCCGGUUAACCCACGGGCUCCCCAAGAGCCCGCCUUUCGCCGAAGUGGCCUUGGGUCCAUUGCUGGCUUUACUAAUGCGCGUGCGGCCAACGAUAUUCUAUCCAUUAUCACACAGAAUGGCACCGUAGACGGAAAACGCUACUUGAGUCCUGAGACAAUUUCCAGGAUUUUCGUGCCACAAGCUAGUGGUCCAGACUUGGUAAUCGGGUUGAACAUUGUGUGGGGCCUUGGAUAUGGAAUUGGCAAGAUAGAUUGUGCGGACUGGUUUCCAUCUGGUAAAGUGGCGGCCUGGGGAGGAUGGGGAGGGUCGCUCGCACUUAUCGAUAUGGAUCACCAGGUUACUUUCACAUACGCGAUGAAUAGGAUGGGCAGGUCUAUUAUGGGCAACGACCGAACUGGGGAAUAUGUGCGAGCUGCGUAUGCAGCGUUAGAAAGAUACAAUGCGUGACGGGCGAGGCUUUUCUGUGGUCGAUGUAUCUAAGGUUUAUCUGCAAGCGUAUUGACCUGUAGCUUGAUUCAUAAGAAUGAAA